AUGCUAUUGCUUCAACAACCCGUCAUAUUCGCUCAUAUGAGAAAACGGGGCAGCAGGUUGCUAAAGCUCCCGUUUGAGCUUCGCCUGAAAAUCUACCUGUUCUACUUUAUGUCGGUGACGAUCUAUCUCGGAGGCUCUCGCCCGCCUAGUUUGUUCACUCCACCAAGAUACAGGCUGAAUCAUAACUCACUUGCAAUCCUUAGCACCUGUCGCCAAAUAUUCUAUGAGGCUAGUAAUUUAUUCCCUGAGAACGUGCUACUCUCUUUUGAUAACCCUGAUAACUCGGUAUAUCACCUUACUCGACUACCUGCCGGUCUCCUCUCGAGGAUUCGUCAUGUUGAGCUUGACUUGGCCUCUUUCAAACCUUUUCUAUUCGACUUCCAAGGCUCCUCAAUUGCAUCUAAGUUCAAUAUGAUAUCUAGUCUUCAGCUGAAUACACUUUCUGUCUAUGGAACAAGGCUGUGCUAUGAUCUUGUUGAGAGCUUUGUCAAAUUUGGUCAGGGCUGGAAAGAAUUACGAAUUCUAAUCUCCUCAUUAAAGGCAGAUGAGUUCAAAAAAGUCGUGACCAAGGCAGCUCCAGAUUCAAUCCAAACACAGCAGCCAACAAUCAAAUGGCAGACUUGGAUGGAAUGUCGCGAUGGCAGAGGCUCGGGCGCUUCCGUCUCUCUCUAUUGCACUACAAAACCUUGGAAACGAAAUUCUGCACUAAACCCAUCUACUCGAGAGCUGGUUUCGUCAAGCAAUCUCCAGAAUCUUAUGCUAACUAGGGAAAUUGACGAGUUAUUAUUCAUUGUGAAGCGUGGCGAAGGCGCUACCUAUACCGUUCGGCGUCAUACAGCUAAGGAAGCUAUGCAAGAAGUGAUCUCCAAGCGCGGGGGUGAUGGGAAACUAUCCUUAAGACAAGCUAUAGCUUAUCUGGGGAAAUUUGAUCCGAUAAUCAAAGCAGCCAAGGCACAGAGCACUACUUACUCGUCCAGCUGGACUUAG